AUGUUCUCACAAAAGAAGCCCUACUCGGCCGUCACCGUCACAAUCGAACGGUUGACCGGCGAGGCCUACGAGGAGGACGACCUGAGCGGCAUCCCAGAUCUGGUCGAGGUCAUCAAGCUGCAGGGCUCAGGUCCCACCGAGGCCGCUCGCGCCAUCCGCAAGAAGCUCAAGUACGGCAACGCCCACCGCCAGCUCCGCGCCCUCACCAUCCUCGAUGGCCUCAUCCAGAACGCGGGCCCCCGGUUCCAGCGCACCUUUGCCGACGAGCCCCUGCUGGAGCGCCUGCGUGUCUGCGGGACCUCGGACCUGUCCGAUCCAGAUGUGCGCCGCAAGUGCUCCGAGCUCUUCCGCAGCUGGGCCGCCGAGUACAAGGACACCCCCGGCCUGGAUCGCGUCGCCCGCCUGUACAAGGAGCUCCCCAAGCGCAAGCAGGUCGUCACACAGGAGCGCUCAAAGGUCAUCCGUGAGACCGAGAAUCCGUUUGGCGACGAGGAGGAUGAGCCACGGCCUGCUGCUCCCGAACAGCAGCAGCAGCCGCAUGCUUCUUCGUCCCGCGGCCCGCCUGCCCUGUCCUCCCCCGUGACAGGGCAGAUUACCUCCUUUAGCCACGUCUCUUCCUCCAAGGACAAGAGCAGCAAGAAGAAGGACAAGGACAAGAAGUCGGGCAGGAAGCACCGCAAGUUCGAUCUCGAGGCCGAGAAGGACCAAAUGAAGACCGCUAUCGCCGAGUCGUCCAUCGCUGCCACCAACCUCAACAACGCCCUGCAGAGCAUCAACCGUGAGAAGGAACGCAUCUCGGAGAACCCGACGGCCGUGGCUCAUUUUGAGACGUGCAAGCACCUGCGGCGAAAGAUCCUGCGCUACAUUCACCAUGUCGAGUCCGAGCAGUGGCUCGGCGGCCUCCUCCACGCCAACGAUGAGCUCGUCAUGUCGCUCAUGACCUUUGAGCAGCUGGACCGCUCUAUCGAUGCGGACAGCGACUCUGACGAUGAGUUGGCGGAGCAGGCUCACAUGUACCGAAUGAUGACCGAAAAGGCCAAGUCGCCAUCCUCCCCACGCAGCCCAACCUCAGCCAUGGCCAGCCUGAGCAUCACCCCAUCCUCCCCGCCACCACCAGCCCAGCCGCCCCGUCCAGCCGCCCCACCACGGCCGUCAGCGACGCUGAAACCCUCGUCCCAGCUAGCCGUCCCGGGGCGGCCACAACCACCACCAGCCGCCACCAGCGACGACGAGUCGGAGCCCGAGGAUGAAGAGGACGAGAACGACCCCUUUGCAGACCGCAAUGCCGUCAUCACCCCUAAGGUGGAGCGUGGCGAGCCGACGUGGACUUGAUGUUGGAGGCAGAUCAAACCUCGCCAUGCUCUUUCUCUCUCUCUCCCUCCCUCGAUUGUGCAUGGGGCAGGACUGGUUUCUUGAUUUUCGCCGUUGUUGAUGAUGGGGCUUUUAGACAGAUACCUUUGCUUCUUCUUCUUCUUCUUCUUCUUUUCUCCUAUUCUCUCUCCUCGUCUCCUUGGUCUAGCCAACGAAUCUAUGCUUUUUUCCCCUGAUCGAUUGCGCUCUAUGGCGUUGUAAUAAUUUUUCUGGUGUAAACAUGGUCCGUGUUAUGAUUUGGGAGAAUAGGGACAGUGAACGAGUAAGUGCAUCGUUUCCAAGGCUCUCUCUACUGUACUAUCAAGUGCUGCUGUUGUGAUUCCCGUAGCUUGGUGACUUGGUAAGUUGCCUGGAUCGGAGAAAAGGCCCUGUCUGAGGUGUUU